AUGUUCGGCUGGUUCAAGUCUUCCGAGUCCAAGCCUACCCAGGAGGCUACCUGGGAUGCGGCCACCAUGACCAUGCGCCAGCCCUCCAACACCGAGGAGAUGGCUGCCAACCAGGUUGUUUCUCAGCAGCCCAACCCUGAGUCCAUGAAGAUGGAGCUGCGCGGCGGUGGUGAGGGUGGUGAUAUCUGCUGUGGAGUUUGCGCCGGUCUCGCCUGCUUCGAGUGCUGCGAGUGCUGCUGCUAA